UAACUGCCCUUUGUUACCUGCCCCCUCUCCUGGAGCUCUGUCUAGGCCAACCCACCCCAGGGUCCUGGAUACCCACCCUCAUCUGCCCAACUGCCUUCCCAGAUCUCCGCUCUCCAUCUCUGAGGGAAGGCAAGGGCCCUGGGAUCAGCUCAGCACCACCCCGUGCCCCUGGGUUCUCCUCUCUGGAGUCCCUCCCUUCUCCUUUGCCUAUCUGAACUGGGGGCGGGGCUGCUGGCUGGUUUGAGCUCCACCCUCACCCCCCAUCCAAUCACAGUUCCUCCUUCUGGGGGCUGGGCCGAAGGGCUGCGCUCCAAGCUGCUAGCUCUGGCACUAGGCUCCCAGCCCGGGGGGGAUGAUGUGCUGCCGCUUCUGUCACCGCUGGCAACCGCCCUGUGCACUGGGGCUGUUGCUGCUGCUGCUGCCGCCCCUUGUCCUUGUAUCUCCCCUGGCAGCAACCACAGCGGGCCCAGGCCGCUGUGACACCAUAUACCAGGGCUUUGCCGAGUGUCUCAUCCGCUUGGGGGACGGCAUGGGCCGCGGAGGUGAGCUGGAGAGCGUCUGCAGGUCUUGGAAUGAUUUCCACACCUGUGCCUCGCGAGUCCUGUUGGGCUGUCCCGAGGAGGCCGCCGCCGUGUGGGAGUCACUACAGCAAGAAGCUCGCCGGGCCCCACACCCAGAUAACUUGCACACUCUGUGCGGCACCCCUGUGCGCCUUCAGGAGCGCGGGGCGGGCCCAGAGACCAACCAGGAGACGCUGCGGGCGACAGCGCCAGCACCCACUCUGGGCCCCGAGCCCCCUCUGCUGGCGGCUGCUCUGGCGCUCGCCUGCCUCCUGGGUCCUCUGGCCUAGCCGGUCUGGCCGGGUAGCAGCGCCCCCCACCUCCAGCCCUGCCCUGGUGGCUGCCGUCGUGGCUCCUCAGAAAGCGCUCGGCUUUCAUUAAAGGUAUUUAUAUUUGUA